AUGACUGUUAUUGGUGUCUCAUUCGGUAAUACUACCUCCUCAAUCGCUGCCCCAGCCCAAGAUGGUAAAGGUGUUGAAGUUAUUGCUAACCCAGAUGGUGAACGUGCCAUCCCAUCAGCUUUAGCCUACGUUGGCGAAGAUGAAUAUCAUGGUGGUCAAGCUUUAGCUCAAUUGAUCAGAAACCCAAAAAACACUAUCAUCAACUUCCGUGAUUAUGUUGGUCAAUCAUUCUCAAAAGUUGACCCAACCGUCACUGAACGUGCUUCCCAUGCUAUUGACUUGAACGGUCAAAUUGGUUUCCAAGUUACCAAAUCAAAUGAAGCUGGUGAAGAAAGAACUGAAACCGUUUCAGCUGAAGAAGCUACUGUUAGACAUUUAGGUAAGUUAAAAGCUGCUGCUGCUGAUUACUUAGGUACCGAAAUCACUGGUGCUGUUGUCGCUGUUUCAACCGAUUUCACAGAAGAACAAAAAGCUGCUUUAGUUAAAGCUGGUGAUGCUGCUGGUUUAAAAGUUUUACAAAUAAUAAGUGAACCAAGUGCUGCUUUAUUAGCUCAUGCUUCAGUUGAAGACCGUUUAGAACAAGAUAAAACCUACGUUGUCGCUGAUAUUGGUGGUAUCAGAACAGAUGCUGCUGUUAUUUCAGUUCGUGGUGGUAUCUUAACCACUUUAGCUACUGCUCAUGAUUAUGAAUUAGGUGGUGACAAAUUAGAUGAUGCUUUAGCUGAAUUCAUUGCUAAAGAAUUCGAAAAGAAAUAUAAAGUUGAUCCAAGAAAAACUGCUCGUUCAUUAGCUAAAUUAAAAGAUGCUGCUAUCUUAGCUAGAAAAACUUUAUCAAAUGUUCAAUCAGCUACCAUUUCAAUUGAAUCAUUAGCUGAUGGUAUUGAUUACCACUCAACUAUUAACAGAUUACGUUUCGAAUUAGUUGCUCGUAACGUUUUAAGUCAAUUGACUGGUUUCGUUGAAAACUUGGUUAAAAAAGCUAACUUGGACACAUUAGAUAUUGAUGAAGUUCUUUUAGCUGGUGGUGUUUCAUUUACUCCAAAAUUAGCUUCAAACAUUCAAUUCAUUUUCCCAGAAUCAACUGUUGUUGUUGCUCCAUCAUUAGAUACUAAAGCUUCAAACCCAGAUGAAUUAGUUGCUCGUGGUGCUGCUUUACAAGCUACUUUAUUAGAAAACUUUGAUGAAGAAGAAAUUAAAGAAAGUUUAUCACCAGUCAUUGUUAACACUCAACAUAUUUCAAAAGCCAUUGGUAUUGUUAACGCUGCCGGUGAAUUUGUCCCAAUCUUGAAACAAGAAACCACAUACCCAAUCCGUCGUUCAAUCCAAUUAGAUGCUCCAAAAGGUGAUGUUUUAGUUUCAGUUUACGAAGGUGACCAAAAAGUCAAAGAAACUGUUUUAGAACCAGCAGCAAAAGAUGAAGAUGAUGAAGAUGAUUACUCAGAUGACGAACCAGAAGUUGUCAGAGAAAAACAUUUCUUACCAGGUACUAAAUUAGCUGACUUAGCUGUCCGUGACAUCCAUGAAGGUUCAAAAGUUGAAGUUACUUUGAACAUAAAUAAAGAAGGUACUUUACAAGUCAGUGCUAGAGAAGUUAGACAAGGUUCAGUUGCUUUCAGAGGUGAAAUCACCUACUAA